AUGUUGGGACUAAUAAUUCUUGGAAUCACCUGUGGCCUUGCCACAGCAACGUAUCCUAGCUAUGGAUAUUCUUCCCAACUUGGAUAUGGUUCUGGCUAUCCUCUCUACAGUGGACUCGGUUCCUUGGGUGGUGGUUUAGGAAUUGGCAACGGCCUUGGUUCCAUUGGAGGUUUGGGACUUAACAGUGGUCUGAGCAGCGGUCUUGGCUCAUUCGGAGGUUUAGGCACUGGACUCGGUUCCCUAGGCGGUUUUGGACUUGGCAGUGGACUCGGUUCCUUAGGUGGUUUAGGAAGUGGCGGUUUUGGACUAAAUGGGCUGGGCUCACUUGGAGGACUAGGUGGAGAAGUUUGGGAGGAUUGGGGUCUAACCUUGGUGGAUUAG